GAAGCACGCAUAUGAACCGCGCAUGCGCACUCGGACUACAAACGAAGAUGGACUCCUACGAGUUGUUUCGGAAACUCGGAGCUGGGGCUAAAUUCGACCUGAAAAGGUUCGGUCAAGACGCUUCUCGCUUUAAGAUUGCCAGGUCGCAUGCGGGAGACGCGUCGCUCGAGCGGCUCUCUGCGAUCAAUUACUUUGGCGCAGACAUGACGAGUGGAGUGAAGAGUACAGACAAGGAUCGAGCAGAGGAGGAUGAAGAGGAUGAGAAGUCAGAUGAGAGCGACGCGGGGGCCAAAAAAAGAAAGCGACAAGAUGAAGAGACUACGGCGAAGAAGAAAAAGAUGAACAAAAAGACAAAAGGUAAUGUCAAUGGAGAGAACAACUCAAAGCAAGACGGGAUCACCUGGACGUCCUCACUGGAAGGGAAGAUCCGGAACCUUCCAGGCGAUGGGAAGGAGAAGUCAUUGCUGAAAAGGCAGAAGCAGCUUCAUCGGGAGAAGGUGAACCGUCUGCGUUCUCGUCACCGCAUCAACGUACACGGCAGUGACACGCCGGACCCCGUGUGCACUUUUGAAGAGCUCCAGUCCGAGUACCAGCUCAACCCGCAGUUCCUUCAGAACAUGCGCGACGCCGGCCUCAGCGUGCCCACGCCAAUUCAGAUGCAGGCCAUCCCGCUCAUGAUGCAUGGUCGCGAGCUCCUGGCCUGCGCUCCGACUGGAUCGGGCAAGACUCUAGCCUUCUGCCUCCCGCUGCUCGCUCACCUCAAGCAGCCCGCCAAGCUCGGCUUCAGGGCCAUCAUCAUCUCCCCCACACGGGAACUCGCCAGCCAGACCCACAGAGAGAUGCUGCGCCUGUCUGAUGGUGCCGGCUUCCGGAUCCACAUCUUAAACAAAGCGGCGGUGGCGACCAACAAAUUCGGACCUCGGUCCAACAAAAAAUUCGACGUCCUCAUCAGUACCCCCAAUCGACUCGUCUUCCUGCUCAAGCAGGAACCCCCUGGCAUCGACCUCAGCAGCGUGGAGUGGUUGGUAGUGGACGAGUCGGACAAGCUGUUUGAGGACGGCAAGACGGGCUUUAGGGAGCAGCUGGCCGCCAUUUUCCUGGCGUGCUCCAACGCUAAGGUGCGCCGGGCGUUCUUCAGCGCCACCUGCACGCAGGAGGUGGAACAAUGGUGCCGUCUCAACCUGGAUAAUCUCGUCUCUGUCAACAUCGGACACAGGAACACGGCGGUGAAUUCCGUGGAACAGGAGUUGCUCUUUGUCGGCACAGAGAAUGGCAAGCUGGUGGCCGUGCGUGACAUCAUCAAGAAGGGCUUCCUGCCUCCCGUACUGGUGUUCGUACAGUCCAUCGAGCGAGCGCGGGAGCUUUUCCACGAGCUCGUCUACGAGGGCAUCAACGUGGACGUCAUCCAUGCCGAGCGCACGCAACAGCAGCGGGACAACGUGGUGGAGAGUUUCCGCUGCGGAAAGAUCUGGGUGCUGAUCUGCACGGCGUUGAUGGCGCGAGGAAUCGACUUCAAAGGCGUCAACCUGGUGCUCAACUACGAUUUCCCCUCCAGCGCCGUCGAAUACAUUCACAGGAUAGGUCGCACGGGCCGAGCGGGACAUCGAGGGAAAGCCAUCACUUUCUUCACAGAGAACGAUAAACCUCUCCUGCGAAACAUCGCAAUCGUUAUCAAACAGGCCGGCUGUCCGGUACCGGACUACAUGGUCGGCUUCAAGAAGAUACACAGCAAAUUGAGGAGGAAGCUCGAGAAGAAACCUCCCAGUAGGACCACCAUUUGCACCACGCCACGUUUCCUCAUGAAGAAACCGCCCAAAAAAGUACAGAAAAAACAGCAAAGUCAAGGAAAGGCAGAAAAACGUGAGAAGAAAACGGCAAAUUCCUUGAAAAAACAAGUCAGAAAAAAGAAGAACAAGCCACAGGAAGAGUAGAAGAUGGAAUUUGGAAACAUUUUUAUUUUAUUUGUUCUUUGUACAUCUGAAUAAAAAAAAAAAAUCAUGACCAAGAUAA